AUGGUACCCAAUACCCUUGUAGUAAUAUUUUUCUCCUUAUCAAGUUUAUGUCUGGCCGGAGAUAUUAUUUUAGAUUCCAACAAAGACGCCUGUAGGGUAAACUUAUCUUGUGCGACAUGCAUUACAAAGAAAUCCUGCACCUGGUGUGUCACAAAAAGUCGAUGUACCCAGCAAGCUUGUGGUAACGACAAUGUAAUUUAUCCGAGCGACGUCCCAGCUCUCAUGUCUGGCCCGGAUUUUUGCCCCAGAGUUGAUGAAUCAAAGCCAGUCACUAUCAAAAGCGGGGCAAAGGAAAUAUUAGCUGUGAAAAUUACACAGAUUUAUCUGUAUAUGGCGUUUACUCCUUGGAAAUGCAAAAUCACUUUGAGGGGUAAAGAGAAAAUUGUGCCCGCGGUGCUCAUUGGGGAUAAAGUAUAUUGCGAAGUAAUGGAGUUCACAAACGACACAGAAGAUCCUUCGAUUGAAGGCAGUGUUGCAGUCUUGUGGGAUUACAAUAAAUCUUUUGACGGUUCACUACCGUUUAAAAUAUGUAGAUGCGAUUUAGAUCCAGCCUGUAAGGCCUGUAAGCUUUAA